AUGGCUGCAGGGGGAGCGGCGUGUGGCGGGGACAGCUCGGAGCAGUGUCGGGCCGACGUGGAGCGUCUGAGCCGGGAGCUGGCGGAGGCCAACCGGGAGAAAAUCCGUGCGGCAGAGUGUGGUCUGGUGGUUCUGGAGGAGAACCAGGGUCUGAAGCACAGAUGUGCGGAGCUGGAGGCGGAACAAGAGGCACUGAGGAGAGAGCUGGAGCGGCUACAGGAGGCCUUCACCCAGACUUACUCCACCCAGCGCAGAGUGGCCCAGGACACUGAGAACAACGAGGAGAGCCUGCUGCAGGAGUCGGCCUCUAAAGAAGCCUACUACAUGAGCCGCCUGCUAGAGCUGCAGCUGGAGCUGAAGGAGCGGAGGAGCAGCGCGGCCAGCCUCUUGGAGGAGACGUGCACGCUACGGGAGGCCAUGCACGAGCUCACAGAGAAGAGCCAUGUGCUGGAGCUGUGCAGGGCCAGACUCUCUCAGGAGCUGCAUGAGGCCAAAGCUCAGGAGAGCAGACUCCUGCAGGACUACAGCGAGCUGGAGGAGGAGAACAUCUCACUGCAGAAGCUGGUGGCCACGCUCAAACACAACCAGGUGGAGUUUGAGGGCCUCAAACACUCUCUGAAGGUGGUGGAGGAGGAGGCGGAGGUGCUGCAGGUGCAGCUGCAGGACGCCCUGAGGCUGAGGGAGCUGUCCGAGGGUCACCUGGAGGAGGCGCUGGAGGUCCUGAAGAACGAGCGAGAGCAGAAGAAGCUCCUCCGCAGGGAGCUGCUCCAUCACCUCAGCAUGUGUGAUGUCGCAUACACCGGCUCCGCACACCUGCUGUUCACCUCGGCGCCCCCCAGUGGAGCCGGGACCCCCAACACCCUGCUCUCCCCCGCCUCUGACGACGCCAACAGGUGUAAUGGUCUGGUGAGUGGGACAGCCCCCUCCCCUCUGCACUGUCCCAGCAGCUCCUCCACGCUCCACUCUGAGAUGAACCUGACGGAGAUCCAGAGACUGAGGCAACAGCUGCUGACGGUGGAGCAGGAGAAGGCGGCCCUCCUGAAGAGCCUGCAGGAGUCCGAGGCCCUGCUGCUCCACACACAGGGGGCCCUCAGAGAGCAGCAGGACUGGGCCCUACGCCUCACGCACAAAAUGUCUGCUCUACACCAGCAUGUGCACUGUGACGGGCCCCCAGAGGUCCCCAAGAGCAGCGGCAGUGCGGAGGAGGAGGGCAAAGUGGAGCCCGGUCCGGAGCUCGGACUGGACUCUCUGCUCUCUCAGCUGGCCCCUGGGCUGGACGUGCUGCAAUUCAAGUACCGUGUGGCGGUGAACGAGGGGGUGGAGCUGAAAGCCGAGCUCCAAGGCCUGAAGGACAGAAUGUGUGAGCGCGAGGAGAGGGCGGAGGAGAGGGCGGAGGAGCGGCAGAGACACAUGCUCCUCCGCCGCCUGGAGAAGAGCUGCGAGGAGGCCCAGGACAAGAUCUUGUGUUUGGAGCGGGAGCUAAAAGUUGCGAGCUCAUUGGCCGCUGACAGAGAAGCGGCUCUGACCACGGCGCAGGACGAGCUGCAGGCGCUGAGCGAAGAGCUGGCUCAGAUCUACCACCAUGUGUGUCACUGCCCCGCCCCCCCGCCCUCGGCCCUGCCCUCUGCCCCGCCCUCUGCCCCGCCCUCUGCCCCGCCCUCUGUUCCCAUCCUCUGCCCCCAUCAUCUGCCCCCCGCCCUCUGCCCCAUCCUCUGCCCCCAUCCUCUGCCCCCGUCCUCUGCCCCCAUCUUCUGCCCCCAUCCUUUGCCCCCAUCCUCUGCCCCCAUCCUCUCCCCCGCCCUCUGCCCCGUCCUCUUCCCCUGUCCUCUGCCCCAUCCUCUGCCCGUCCUCUGCCCCGUCCUGUGCCCCAUCCUCUUCCCCCGUCCUCUGCCCAUCCUCUGUCCUGUCCUCUGCCCCAUCCUCUGUGCCCCCAUCCUCUGCCUCGCCCUCUGCCCCGCCCUCUGCCCCAUCUUGUGCCCCGCCCUCUGCCCCAUCCUCUGCCCCGCCCUCUGCCCCAUCCUCUGA